AUGACGAUCGAAAUGACAAAAGCGCACUUUGACGACACUCUGGAGACAGUGUUGGCAGUCGCCGUUGGUGGAAUUGUUUUCUGUGCCAUGUGGAUCAUUUUUAUCCUUGUGGACAUUGAAGCCAGCAAGGUUUCCUUCUUUUCCGUGGACGCUGUCGGCAAAGACAUGGAUUUGCAGCUCGAUGUGACCACGGACGAUGCCAACACUACUUCUAACGGCACCAAUGGAAUGGAAGUCGAACCUGAACGACAGCAACAAAAUUCAAAUGAACCAGAAAUCAAGGCAACACGGGGACGACGCGUCUCGUGUGGCUUUAAAAUGAUGCAAAUAGGAUCUGUCUUGUUGCUGAUCCUAUUGACAUAUUUGUUAUUGGUCGCUUCCAAUGCUUCUGGAUUUCUUUCGGCAUUAGGUGCACUAGCAGUCUUUGGAAUGUUUUUGCGAUUCCAAAUUGGAGAUGAGCUUAGAAGACAACGAUGGGACCGACUGACCUUGAUGGUCAGUCUGUUCCUAUUGAUUGCUUCCUUUUUGAAUCUCUCGACCUAUGCCUGGAAGUCCUUGGCGCAGGGAGAAAUAUACCUGGGACCUGCUCGUAUCAUUGGCUAUGAUAUUUCGGCAUACUCCAAUACUACUACCAACGCUACCGACGUUCCAACGACUCGCACCAACCUGGUGGUCCAAUGGGGAAGUGACUGGGGAUGUCCAUUCACUGGAGGCAAAGUAUGUGAAGCGGAGGUUCAUGGUGUCAUGUGCGCUACAAAACCCAAUGGUGGUGGUGGUAACGGCAACAAUGGCAAUGGUCGUCGCAUGCAAAAUAACCAAGCAGGCGGCAAUGGUAAUGGUAAUGGCAACGGCCAGCAUACCAAUACCAAUGGAAAUGGCAAUGGCCAGCAUACCAAUACCAAUGGAAAUGGCAAUGGCCAGCAUACCAAUACCAAUGGACCGGUAGGUCACCAUCCGAAUGGAAAUGGAAAUGGUACCCAUGCUGGAAAUGGCAACCACAACAACACUAGCAACAAUUCAAAUGAAGAAAAGCAACUCGAAAAAGAAAACCAAGACUUGGAAAAGGAAAACGAAGAACUCAAGAAAGAGGUCGAUGAACUCAAAGAAAAGGGUGACGAAGAGAUUGAUGAAAUGGUGGAUGGCGAAGAAGCCAUUGAAGAAGAGUUGAUUGGUGAUGAAUUGAUCGAGGAUGUGGAUUUGAUUGAUGCCAAUGAAGGCAAGGAGGAAGCACUCGCUGAUGAGGAUGAAAUGGAAGAAGAAAUGGACAAGAAGGAUAUCGAGGAUGAGUUGAAAGACACGAAUGAUGAUGGUGUCAAAGACGAAUUGGAAAAGGAUAUUGACCUGCUCGAUGAGGAAGAAGUUGAAACAGAAAAAGAUUUGGACGCUGUUAUUGACGAGGAUGAGGAAAUUGCCGAUGAAUAUUCAGACUACGCAGACGAGUAUUUUGACGAAGCCGACAAGGCAAUUGAUUCCGAGAUUGAUGAAAUCUUUGACGAGGAAGAUACCAUGGAGGAUAUUGAUGAAACCGAAGAAGAAAUCGAUGAGACGGAAGAUCAACUGGAUGAGGAUGGUUUGAACUGGGACGAAAUGACUUUUGAAUACGAUGAUGACAUGUACGAAAAUGAGUACUGGAACUACAACUGGGAUUCGGCUUGGGGUGAUUACGGUUGCGAUGAACUGUUUCAAUCGGAUAUCGAAGGUCAGGUCCACGAUGCUUCGAUUCCUGCCGGUAGCGGUGACAGCUGGCCAUUCAUCAAUAUCUAUGGCAGUUGCAAGCAUUGUGAUGCUUACAUUAUGGACUAUUUCGCCGAAGAGGCCUUUGAAAAGCUCGAUGACUAUUUUGUUCAAGCUGUCUUGUUUAUGGGCCUCGGAUUCACUGGAAUUGGAAUGUCACUGAUUGGUUUCAUCAAGUACAAGAUGGAAGCUCCUGCCGAGAAUCAAAUUGAACUUUUGGGAAAUAGUGCUGGAGUCAUUGCUUAA